ACGAACGAGUGUGGUUCUUCCUGUCUUUUGCCGCAGUAGGAAAUAUGCCAGGUGGAAUUAAAUUAUUUUUUUUAAUAUUGUUGAAAGAUUUAAAUCGCGCGCAACUUGAUAUUUGCAAAAAGCUACUAAUGUCAUAAACUACAUCACUGUCUUAUUAUUUUAUCUUUCGUGCUAUUAUAUUACAAAAAAAGAUACUUUAUUCAGUUUUGUCAGCUGUUUAGAACACAUAUGUAUUUUUCUCAUCCUGUGUUCAUAGCGUACAGCGAUGAAGAUUAAAGCGCUCUGGCAAUAUAGGACAAAAAUGCAAAUCACGAAACGCAUUUGUUUGAUGUGAAUAUCUAUGUAAUCUUCGAUCAUCAAUAUGAAAAUCACAAUAUUGCAACAAAAACAAUUUUUGUUAAACAGUAUGAAUAAGAAUAAGUAUAUAGAAUCUGUAGUAUAUAUUGUCUAUGGAAAUUUUUCGAAAUUUAAAAAACUCUACGUAAAUAAUAUUACUUAAAAAGUGUAUAGGCAGCUUAAUGUCUCUCGGUGAUGAACAUAAUGUUAUAGAACAUGCCGGAUAGAGACAGGCGUUAAGUAGACUAACAAUAUAAGCAUGACUACCUAAUAAUAUUACUCCGCCGUCGGCACGCGUAUCAUCGUAGGGCAAUAAGGGCUAAAGUACAUAAUAAUAUGGGGCCCUUUAAUCGCGUAUCGACCGCCGUUCAAUUACACAUUAGAUUGCCAAGAUCACUUUGUCUUUCGUAUAGUCUUCUAUGGCCGACGCCACCGGUACAAGAAGCGGUAAUUGCGGGCAAGGUACGCACGCACGCACGCACGCACCAAUGUGCGCCACGCAUUUAUUGCUGGGCCGUAGACCCACACACGUAGUAGCACAACCGGCACACGCUCUCUCUCCCCCGGCAUAUGGCGCGCACGGUCCCCCUUUUUCAGUUCCGGGGGAGAAGAAACGAGGGGCUGCGGCGCGUGCUGAAAAUCCCCACCAUUUCUCUCUCUCUCUCUCUUUCUUCCUCUCUUCCCUUCCCUUUCACGCUUUCGCUCCCUCACGGGCGCCCUUCUCCCUUCUCGCUCCAACCCCGCGAUCCAACUCGGCGCGGCACGGCAAAAUGCUGAAACGUAACCCAUCUAUCGAUGUCCGCGCUCAUUCUCGAAGCGGACGCCAUGUAGUGCAUACCACGUAGACAUGAUCGACGAACAGAGGUGCUGGUGAUACGCGAUCGUGAGGAUUUCCCUUCCAGCAACGCGAGCGUCUAGCUAGUCCUAGAGGUCUUUGUACUCUGAAGGGCACCCUCGAUAUUUCCGUUCCGUUAGCGCUUCGUUUCGUAAAUCAACGUGGAUCAGAUUGUUCGCUAAAUGAUCCAUGUGGAUCGUUGCAAGUGAAGAGUGAGGAGUGAAGAGUGUGAUGAAUGAAGAUUUUCAGUCGAACGGAUUACUCGAGUGCGUGUAGUUCAACUUCCAAGGGAAUUUUCCUCUCGUUCGCAUUCGACGUCAGAAAAAAUAAUACGAGUUAAUUGUAGUCUCGUGUGUGCCGUCGAUAAUUUAAAACACAAAACAGGUCGAACUUGACAAUUUUACAUUGUCUAUACUAUCUGUGCCAGAGGAAAUCAAACACAAAAGAGUGAAGCUACCGUUCGUUCGGACAUUAAAUCAAUAUUAAUCCCUAAUUGUUUGCAUGUCCGCGGUGCCUUUAACGAUUUGCGGUGGAUGGCGUAGUUACAGCUGUUAGCAAGAUCAAAUUCCCGAUUGAAAUUUAAAUCACAAUAUUUGUGUCUUGCGGAAGUGUAACGAGCAAAAAUCCAAGUGCCUUUUCUGUGUCUCCAACUUUUAUACUUGUAGCGAAGCUGUUAUCCGUCUGUAUGAACGUUUGGAAGUCGACUAUGUGUUGACAUCAAAACUAUUUAUCUUCAUGGCAUACGUUAAAGAGUAUUUUCAUCAAGUGUCACCUUGAUCUUCGCUUGGAACAAAAUCACGGAACUUCGAUGAUAGUUUACUAAGUAUUCCAAGUACUCACGGCUAAUUCGUGUCACCAACAAACACUCGUUGGAACGAGCACAAUGGCGACCAUGGGGGUAACGGUGUUUUGCAAUAGAGUGCAGAUAAACGGCAAUGAUCAAGAACAAUUGAUGUUGCUGCGAACGUUACAAGAUAACGAGAAUAAUAUCAUUGGCAAUCAACCGACGUUAAUAGUCCCGAAAAACAAUGCUAGCAGUAAUACAGCGAACUCUACGACAGUGUUACCUCCGUACGAUCCCUCCAGGUUGAAGAAGCACGGCAAGAACGGGCAACCGCCGCCCGUUGCUGUCGCACGAAGAAAUGCCAGGGAGAGAAAUCGCGUGAAACAAGUGAACAAUGGAUUUGCCACAUUGCGACAACAUAUUCCGAGCCAUAUUGCCGCGGGUUAUGGUGACAGGGGUAAGAAGUUGUCGAAGGUGGAGACGCUCAGAAUGGCCGUAGAAUACAUCCGAGGCCUUCAGAGGCUCCUGGCCGAAGCUGAUGGUAUUGAAUAUGAUUCCAAGACCAUUGUCGGUGCACAGUGCGCUCCUUCUCCGACUAACAGCGUCAUCUCUUCGACUCAUAACGGCUCUGGCGAAAGACUCGUUCUCGAGGACGAUGUACUAGCCGCAGAGGACGACGAGGGGGAACAUCUCGACGAGGAAGAGGAUGAGAGUACCGCUAAAUCGAAAAUUACAUUAUCUAGAUUAUCACCUAACCGAACGGCUAUUUCAUCUCCGCGUGACUACUACGCAUCCUCGGCAGGCGAUGAAGAAAAUUUGGAACCGCGAACUAUAACCGGUGGACAGAAUUUCUCUAGACUAUCGCCAAAUUCGGUGGCCUCGCCACCUUCGGAAUAUUACGCUCAGAAUGAGGAGAAUCUGGAGCCGCAGAUUCUGUCGCCGUACAGCGGCGCCGGGGAUAGCGAAGAGGGUGCGACGACUGUUUACGCGACUAGCCCAGAGACCUUCUCCGGAGCCCUCUACUACAAGCAAGAGAUCACCGAAACGGGGGAAUUCAUGGACGUCGUCAGCUGGUGGGAACAGGAACAGGGAAGACUCGUCCAUCAACAGCAUACGCAACGGCUGACGCACGUGUAACUAUAGUUACAGAUUCCAGUUAGGGAAGAUGAAUAUUUGCAACCAAAUUCAAAGUCUACUAUAAUAUAGUACGCCUCAAAUUUCGUAUGAUCUCACUAAACCUGGAUGAAGAUAUCCUCUCGCGCGCGACAAUAUCUGACGCGACAGAUACGAGAGCGUGUAUUGUGAUCAAUAACAAAAGUUGGAAAAUUGUACUUACGAGUACUUAUCCUUUAAGCAAACCUAUCUAUUGUUAUACGUGUCUUUCGGAUUAUUAACAGAAUAUGAAGCUAAUAUGGUCGCCAUUAUUAUGGAUAAUAUUUAUUUAUUUAAUAAGAAUAUAGAUUUAUUAAAAACAAAUUAAAUGUGAUAUUAUAUCACAUUUCACAUCGUAUUCAUGAAAGGUUGCUAUUUGAAUUGCCUUAUAUCUUAAAGUGUACCUUAAAGCUUCUUUAAGCCUUGAAAGUUAUAUUCCAUUUGUACAUGUAUUAAUUACAUCAAUUGCGCGAAUUGAUGUACCGUUACCCGUAUACUUUCAACUGUACUAACCAAUUACCUUCUUUUAAGGACAAUAGAGAAAAAUAUUUUAAUUCUCUUUAGCAAUGACGUUUUGCGCUUCCAGAAAGAAAAUGCUUAUUUUCUCGGCUAUUUAUAUCACAACGAGUACAAUUAAUUUAGUUAUAUCAAGAAUAUAAUUAUAUUUACACGAAACACUAUUUACCGCAAAAUUAUUAAGUUGAGAAAUGUGCAUAACGUUCGUAACGUGUUAUAGAAUAAAACCAAUAUUCUUGUUGUACUAAUAUCAUCAAACGUUGCUAUGCUAUUUUAAUAAAUUUUUGCAGCAUGUUUAAGAUUUGAAAGAUAAAAUUAUGACACUCUUAUUUAUAAAAACAAUGUUUAUAUUUAUUACGCCAUGUGUCCGUUAUUGCACAAUUUAACAUGUUACAUAAAAUAAUAAAGAACAACAUGUAGGGUACAUCGAUGGAAAUAGGUCAACCAACGAAGAGAUAAUAUGUAGAAAAUUACGUAAUGAUAUAAUGUGCAUUAUGCAGUUACAUGUACUGCACACUAAAUUUUGCUUGUGUAUUAGCAGCAUGUGCAAAUGUUUUGUAUAAUAUAUUAUUCAUUGAAAAUAUUCAUUAUCUGCGUAAAUAUUAGAAUACAUAAAUAUAUAAAUUAUAUAAUUAUGCAAAUAUAAUUUAUAUAUUCUUGUAUAUUCCAUUUACGUAGGUACUAUAAUCACAGCUUUUAUAAUAUAAAAUAUUUACAAAUACUGAUAAUAUACAAAAUUUAUAUGCAGUUCAUAUAGUUAUUAGCAAUUUUAUAUAUAUAUGUACACAGGAUAUCCCGAAAACCGCGACGCAAAAUAAUAAAGCAAGAAAAGUAUCGAAAAAUUAAGUAAAAUAGUUAUUUGUACAUUUUUAUUUCAAGCCAUAAUUUUUGGCAUCUCUGUGAGUCGUACAAAUUGUAAUAUUAGUGACCACAUAAACAAUCAUCUAAAUAUAGUCUCUGAUUAACUUUUAAGCUAUAAAUAUCUCAAAAGUUACUGCUUGAAAUAAAAAUCUACAAAUAAUUAUUUUACUUCAUUUUUGAAAAAUUUUUUGCUAUAGUACUUUAAGUUGCAAAUUUCGUGGCAAUCUGUACAUAUUAUAUAAAACUAUAUAAAUCAAUCCAUAAUCAAUAAUAAAAAGAAUUUAUAUGUAUUACUCUAACAUGUAAAGUUCUUUGUUAUUUCCUCGUUUUUGACUUUGUUAUGAAUUUGAUACACCCUGCAUAGAAACCGAUCUGUGAAUCGACUUUAAUGCUGCGAGACACAAUCAAAAAAUGUGUACAUAAAAGUGCCUUAACUAAGUAGGCGGUAAGUUAUAUUAUAAUAUUUAUAUCUUUUUUAUACUCAAAUUUUUUAUGGAAUUUAUAAAAUAAUAUAUAAGAGUUACUAUUAUAUUUCUGUGCACGAUACGAAAUCAUGUUAAAUGUUUUGCGAUAUCAUAAUCUAUCCAAGAAUGAAAAUAGUCAUUCACGUGCGCGCGCCAUUAUAUUGUAUAUGAUGUUGCAGCAAUCAAAUAUUUUUUAACAGAUUUUUAAAGAGAAUAUUUAUCAGCGUGCUAAAAGAAUAUAUAUAUCACGUGCCUUAUCUAUGCGAAAUAAAACAAUGCGAUCAAAUUUUGAAUUUCCUCUAAUUCGUAAUUAAUUAUUAUUUAUCAGGAGAUACCACGCUUGCACUAUUCUACGUACAUACAUAGGAUUAUUAUCUGACAUUAUUUACAAAAAGUAUGAUCCACUUGACAUAAGUGAUAAAAUUGUUGCGAAUGUACAUUAAAUUAUGCGUCUGUAUUCAUUAUAAUACACGCUUUGUGUAAUGUUUACAUUUCUUCAAGAGCGAUGUCGAUUAUAAUGAAUAUUAUAUACCUUUGUUGUAAAUUUUGUAUUACUAACAAAUACGUUACAAUACUCGAUCGUUCUUUCGUCUCGAGUUUAACACAAGUAUUAUAAAAAUAUUAAAAGUGUCAUUUAGAAUUAAGAUUUAUUGUAAAUUAUACGCGAACAUAAACAAUAUUUCUAUCGCCACUAGCGCUUGUGUCAAUCUUGUAAAUAUCAGUGCCUUGAUUAAGUUUAAAAUAAGUAUUUUAUAAUCUUGUACUUGACAUAUCUUUUUACGAAAUAUUUAAAAUACAUUUUAAUAAUAAU